AUGACGAUUCGUGCAAUAAAGUUAUUUAUUGAUGGAACUUUUCCUGCAUUCAAAUAUGAUAAAAUUACAUUACAAAAGAAUUUAAACUUUUCAGCGCGAACUUUUUCUUGUAAUUUUUUAGUAAAUCAAUCGUGUUUUUCCAAACAUUGUUAUAAUUUUAGAAGUCGUGAAAGAUGUUAUAAAGGACUACACAUAAAAAGAUGGCAAUCUACGUUAAAUAACGAUCAAGAUAUAGAUUUGACAAAAAUUCCUGCGGAACAUAUCCGUAAUUUUAGCAUUAUUGCUCAUGUUGAUCAUGGUAAAAGCACACUAGCGGAUAGUUUACAAUUAACAGGCACUAUAAAUAAGCAUCAUUCCCAUAAUCAAGUUUUAGACAAACUCACUGUAGAGCGAGAGCGAGGUAUCACAAUAAAGGCGCAGACAUGCUCCAUGUUCUAUAAAUAUAACGAUAAACAAUAUUUACUUAAUUUAAUUGACACGCCGGGUCAUGUAGAUUUCAAUUAUGAGGUAUCCCGGUCUCUUGCAGCAUGUCAAGGGACCAUUCUACUAGUUGAUGCGGCUCAGGGGUUACAGGCUCAAACUGUCGCCAACUUCUGGCUAGCAUACAACCAAGAAUUGAGCAUAAUCCCUGUUGUUAAUAAGAUUGACCUUCCAGCUGCAGACACAGAACGAGUAACAAAACAAAUCCAAAGUACAUUUGAACUUGACACUGCAAAUAUUGCAUUGAUAUCAGCGAAAACUGGUCUUAAUGUCGAAAAAAUUUUGCCAAACGUGAUAGAAAAAAUUCCUCAUCCGACUGGAGAUGUAAACGAACCUUUGAAAGCACUUCUUUUUGACUCUUGGUACGAUACAUAUGUUGGUGUUGUUUGCUUAAUGGCAAUAGUAAAUGGAAAAUUACAAAAAGGCGAUAAAAUUGUCUCGGCAUAUUCAGGACAAAAAUAUGAAAUUGCUGAUAUUGGAAUUAUGCAUCCAGAACAAGUACCAACAGGAUAUCUACAUGCUGGUCAAGUGGGAUAUGUGAUAUGCAAUAUGAAAGUAGCAACUGAAGCACAUAUUGGAGAUACAUUUUAUCAUUUUAAAAGUCCUGUUGAUCCUUUACCAGGAUUUGAACCAGCCAAACCAAUGGUAUUUGCGGGUAUAUUUCCAAUAGAUACCAAUGAAUUCACUAAGCUGGAUGAAUCUAUUGCAAAAUUAACGUUGAAUGAUGCUAGUGUGUCAGUCCAGAAAGAGACUAGCAUAGCAUUAGGACAAGGCUGGCGUAUUGGAUUUUUAGGAACAUUGCAUAUGGAUGUUUUUCAGCAAAGGCUAGAGGAGGAAUAUGACGCUAAUGUCAUCAUCACUCAACCAACUGUACCUUAUAAAAUCAUUUAUCGAGAUGGUACAUCAAAAUUAAUCCGCAAUCCAUCAGAAUUUCCUGAACCAAACGAAAUGUCACAUAAAAUAGUUGAACUACAUGAACCAAUGUCCCGUAGGGGUGAACAAUCAGAGUAUAACUACUUAGACGAGACACGAGUUAUUAUGAGAUAUUCUAUGCCAUUAGCUGAAAUUGUAACUGAUUUUCAUGAUGCUUUGAAAUCAAGAUCGAGUGGUUAUGCGAGUUUUGAUUAUGAAGACAUGGGAUAUCAACAGUCUGAUAUUGUGAAGAUGAAUGUCUUGAUAAACAAAAAGCCAGUAGAUGCACUUUCUGCAAUCUUGCACCGUUCUCAAGUAUCAUCGGUUGGGAAGGAAUGGACAAAAAAAUUGAGCGAAGUUAUACCCAAGCAAUUAUACGAAGUAGUAAUUCAAACAGCUGUUGGUGGAAAGGUUGUGGCUAGGGAAACGUUAGUAACUCAAGUUAUUUAG